CUAGCUCCCAGUCUGUCAACCGGAUGCUUACUCUGGCGUGACAGUCACUAUGAAACCCAAGAUAGCGUCGAAGCAAAGACCUUUCCCUUCAGCCGGCAAAUGGAAAGUUCCUCUACAGCUAGAAUAGAAUCCGGAGGUAAAGUGCAGCAAGGAAGGAGUACCUCCGGAGUACGAAAUUUUUUAGCUGGAGGUUUUGGUGGAGUUUGUGGCGUGACAAUAGGACAUCCAUUUGAUACGAUCAAGGUGCGCUUUACUUACACUUACGGUUUGUAAUGAAUGUUUGUUUUCAAUUAUUUAUUUACGUGGCUGUUACCUUUUUUCGGUGAUCAAUACCUUGUGCCCCGCCCACUUCAAUAAGAGAUCAAAGUUAAUAAUGAUCGUGGUUUUCAGACUAAGGGUAAUGUCCAUAUGAGAUUCAAUUUUCAACAAAAUACUGAUUGUACUGGUUUGCUCCGUGGGAGGAACGAUGUAUACUCGUUUGAAAAAACGUUAUCAUUGAACAAUGAGACUCAAUGGUAAAACGACAAUUAGUUGUCUGUCCUAAGAAGCUCUUGAAGCUGAAAUAAGGUUUAAAAUCAAAUUUCAUUCGGGAAUAAACACACCAUAUUGACAAAUGUUAAGAAAGAUUGAUUCAUUAUUUACUUUGAUUUUGUUCCACUGAAUAGGUUCGCAUUCAAACAACUCCAUCUCCAAAACCUGGGCAGGAGGCGGUGUUUAAGGGAACACUUGACUGCUUGUUGAAAACAUUACGUAAUGAGGUAAUUGCCAGUUGAUUGUUGUGCAAUGAUGAUGAUAAUAAUGACAAUGAUGAUAUCACAAAUGACUGUUAAAGCUGCAGUCAUGAUAGUAGAUGGAAGUCUUCUUACCACCAUAUAUUCUAUAUAAAAUAAAAAAUUGGUUGAAAAUCCCAACUGAUCUUAGGCAGACCAGCUGGGUGUGAAAUUGCAGAGCACAGCUAAGGAGUGGAACUGGGAAUAACCUAGACUAAAUUUGGUGAGCAGCUGAGUAGGAGACAUUGCCCCGGGAACCACCAUUUAGUUUCCUGACUACUUGACCUAGCUACCCCUGCAAAAUAGAAGUUCCUAUAGUUAUCAUUGCAUUUAACCAUUUUGCUCCCAAGAUCUAAAUCUUUAUUCUCUCUACCAUUCCCUACAUGUUUCUUAUGAUAAUAGUUCUGAGAAUUUGAUGUUUAAUCAAGCUAUAUCCUCUUGUUGAUGUUCUUUCUUCUUAUAACUUUUUCCUUAAAAACAUAUUGGAUAUUAUAAGGAGAAAUUACUUGUUGGUCACUCCUGGAAGGGAAAGGGUUGAGGGAGAUUCAUUGUAUGAGAUGCUCAUGCAGUGGUUGGCUCCUUGGAUAACUAGCCUCCUUCAGUAGUAUGGGCGUGGGUCAUAAGGUAAUUUUCUAUUUGUUGGAUUCUUGACAAGUGAACUGACACAGUGCUUCUUUCUGAUUUUAAGUCAAAAGUGAUAGGUGUGGUAAAUUCAUAGUAUUGCGGGAAAAAACUUGUGAAAGGCUUAAGUUAAGCCUUAUGUUAAUGAAACGAACACUUCACCUGGUUACUUCUUGCUGCGGAAACUGACAUAAAGCUUUGGUGAUAUGGGCCUAAGGGACGGGUGGAGGGAGGGAGGGGGGGGGUACUUCUUAUGAACAAGCUUAUAGGGAUGAGCCACUGGAUGGGGUCUCAUUUUUAUGACUGGAUUGACUAUAAUAGGGUUGCAUUUUCAAUACAGUUACAAGAAUGUGGUGGCAACUUUUAGGAUUUUGGGGAUAAGAAAGUUUUGGUAAACAGGAAAAUGGAAAUCUUUUUGGUUAAUUUUCUUUAUACCAGUUUUAGAAUUUCCAUGUACAAUCUAAUAGAGACCUACUUAAAAGGCUUUAUAAGGUAAAUCUGUAAACACAAAGUGACUAUGUUGGGAUAACAAAAAUUAGAUUUGCCCAAAAGUGACAAACAUGGGGUGUAUAAUUGGCCACAGAAUAGACUAUGAUGGGGAAAGGAUUCUGAGAGGCCAACAAAACUUGACCCACAAACCCCUCAUCCCCAAAAGUGGGUAAAUGCAAGAGGAUUUGGAAAGGUUAACCUUUUUCAUCUAUCUUGGAUACCUCCAAAAGUGUGUACACUUAACUUAAUAAUUAGUAUGUUAUCAUAAUCUAAUUUGAAGGGUGUUCGUGGAUUAUUCAAAGGACUUUUCACACCAGUUGCCUUUGCCACACCCCUGAAUGCAAUCCAGUUCUGGGCUGUUUCUCUGGCCAGAAGGCUGCAGAUGGAGGAUCCCCAUGGUAUUCCAACGUAAGUACAGACCUGCAUCAUAUUCUAGCUAUUUUAUGAGAUAUCUGAGAAAAAGUUAGUUAACCCUUUAACUCCCAGAUCAAGUUUUUAAUUCUCCUUACUCUUGACCAUACAAUUCUUAAAAUGUUAGUUAAGAGAAUUUUAAUUAGUAUUAAAUCAACUAAUUAUUCCCAAAUUGAUAUUUUUCUUUAUUCUCAUCACUUAUCUGCUUGAUAUUGUAUUGAUAAUGCAAGGAGAAAUUCUCUCUUGGUCACUUAUGGGAGUUAAAGAGUUAAGGAACAGGAGAAAGCAAGGGAAGGUAAUUUUAGGUACACCAGAGGUCUAUGGGAUGAUUUUUCACAGAAUGAGGAUGAAGCAGGUGUGAAUAGUGCCUUCCUUUUCUCUCAAAACCCAGAGAAGCUGCUAAUUAAGAUUGAGUAAACCUGUUUUCUCAUCACCAUAACUUGCAAAAAAUCCUUUCUGCUGACUUGAAUAAGUUAACUUUUUAACAGUGAUUACAAUACAAUACAAUACUUUUAUUUAUACAUGUAGCACCAAGGAGCUCAUGAGCUCAUUAAAACAUGUACAUGUGUAUUAAUGUAAAACAAUAAAAUUGUACAAAAUGUAAAAGGAUAAAAUUAAUCAAUUAAUUAAUAAACACUACCUAUUAGUAAUAAUCUACGUACAAAAUUUAACAACUUUAAAAAUUUAAAAAGCUCUUCAAGUCAUAUGAACGUUAGGAGCCUGCUUAAAAGAUACAGUGUCUUUGGACUCUCUAACCGUUGGAGGCAACACAUUCCACAGUUUACUGACUAAAAAGGUAAAAGAUCUAUGCAGUGAUUGCUCUCAGCAGAUAAAAGAAUCAUGUACUAACAAUUUCUGUUACAUUUCUUAGAUUUAUUUAACUUUUUCCCUCUUAUCAGAAUUAUCAAAUAACUGAUAACCUAUAAAAGAAAAGGGCAAUUAAAAGCAAGUCAAGAAAUCACCUUAAAUAGAUAAUUUUUCACCCCUACUCCCUAAAUAUAAAUUGCAUAUAUUCCAUAAUGUCUUCUUUACAUUUCUUACAUGGUGCUGAUCUAAUAAAAUUUGUUUAAAAAUCAAGGGCUUCUUCACAAAGCCUACAAAUCUUACGUUGGCAAUCAUUUCCCCUAUACUUGUGACUAAUAAUUCAGAAAAGAUACAGUAAGAAGAAAUUAGAUGUUAAUCUCCCUUAGGAGUUAACAGAUCAGAACUUAAGAAAUGUGUUUCCUGAUAAUAGUAGAAUUAAGGAAUGGUUCGUGUGUAGCAUGCAAUUAUCUAGUUGUGGAGGUACUUGGGAGGUUUGCCUAGCACUCAAGAAGCUGAGUGCAACUCCAGCUAGCUUCUUAAGUGCUUAGGAAAACCUCCCAAAUGCAUCCAUAACUUGAUGGUUGCACAAUACAUGCCAACCAUUUCUUUUUAGGUUUUGUUCUGUGUAGGAAAAAAAAAGCAAAACAAACUGACAUCAGCAUGCAACCUAUGGCCAAAUGGACCAAAUGUAUUAGCCAAUCAGAGCACAUGCUUUAGUAUAGUUUUGUCAGAAAUUAAACUUGUGUACAAGACCUUCUUAUUGUUACUUGUUAGUAAACAUGCAUCUAUGGCAUAUUUCUCAGGGUGUCAGUGGUUGCUAGUCCUAAUGACCAUUAUCACUAACUGCAGACUCUCAUAGGAUCAACUAAGCAUAGAUCCAUUUUUGAUUAAAAGCACAUCUUCAUUUUCAAUCAAACAGGAAUUUCCAAAACUUUACCUCUGGAAUGUUUGGUGGGUUUUGUGCUGCAGCUAUUGUAACUCCUGGUGAUAGGAUUAAGUGUCUUUUACAGGUAACAUGAUUUAUGAUUUUCCUGCAUUUUGAUAAAUCAGCUCAUAACGUAUGUGGUAGUUGCUAUUUUAAGAAAUGAAUUUCCUGUUUCCUAGUUGUUAUUUAUUAAUUGUGGCAGUUUUCUGUAGGGACCUUAGGAACGUAUUUCUGAGAAUAUCGAGAAGCAAUGGACAGCCCCAAAACAUCAAAGUUUUUUUAUUAGUUUUUUUUUUAUUUUUUAUAAACACUCCCUUGAUUUGCACAUUGACUGUCUUGAUUUGCAUAAUAUUAUUCAAUUAGGUAAAAACCAAAGUUUCAAACUUUUGAAAAUUUCUCCCUUGAAAUGAGUCACUGGAACCUUUAACUAUUUUAACUGCGGCUUCCCCCCUAUUUGAGACCACUUUACAUAAGCUCAAACAAGAUUUAACAAAAAAUAUCUGAAAAAUAAGAAAAUCUCGUCAGGGUACAUGGGGGCAGAGGGAGUGUACCUCUCACAUUGCCCAUUUGUAGAUGGCAUUUGACCAUGACUGAAAAACUAACAGGGAAAAUUGCUCCUUCAUGUGGCUCAUAUAAUUUUUUCAGCUCAAAAAUUACCAGCUAGGAAAACAGGGCCUCAUUUUUUAUUCCAAGUUACCUAGGCUUUUUUUUCUUUGACUGUGUUGAGGAAGUCAUGGGAUGACCUCCAUGAGUCUGAUAUCACAACAAGUUUCGCCUGAGCACGGAACAUGGCUAUGUACGGAUCAUAGUUACGAACAGGUUCAAACCCAGAAUUCCCAUCACCUAACAGAAGUUCAGGUGUCAGAAGCACAAUUACCAUGGGCCACUCUGCACCAUCAAGGCAAGCUGAAUCCUUUCUUGACUUUGAAUUCAAGAGACACACUCCACCACAUAACCUGUCAAGAAAUUCAUCCUCAGCUGAAGAUGCUCUUUGGUCAUUUAGGUCACAGACAGGAAUGUUUUCCAAGCUGAGACCACCAGCUAAACUAUGUUUGGACUGAUAGCGUGCAACAAAAUUGACCACCAGAAUAUCAUCAGGAUUCAGCUGUAGCUUAAUAAAGGUGGACGAAGGUGGACGAAGGUCACGAUUGAACCAGAUAACUUGUUCAAUGACUUGCACGCAUUUGUUGUACAUUAGCAUUGUAAGAUGAUCCCUGUCCACAUGUGAAUGUCCAGCAUGUUGUGCUCUCUCUGGUGAGACAUCAUUUCCCUCUGGUUGGACAGCAAUCCAGGUGAUUUCCUGCCCAUCCACAUUGUGAUUGAGCAUGUUCUCUACACCAUAAGGAAAACUUCUCUCACGAUACAAGGAACUGUAGUCUUGUAGCAGCCUCACAAUGUUGUUCACACUCCUCAAAGGGUGCCUGAUCCUACUUAUGACUCCACCUUUUUUUUCCAGAACCUCCAGAAGAGAUGGUGUACUGAGCUUUUUGUAAAGCAAAUUCUUUUUCCCUUCCAGUCUCUGCAAGGUUAACACUUCUAUGAUUUCUUCUUUGCUGAUUUUCUCAAAACACUCUUUCUUAAAGUCAAAGACAGAGGUCAUCCAAACAUAGCCCUCAAUGCUCUCUAAUGCUUGUUUGGGAAUUGUUAGCUCGUCGAUUACAUUCAUAUUACCGUCCUGCUGCAUUUCGUAUCUGAUCUUUGAACCAAUCCAUAGCUCGUCAAUGAAAACAUGACUGUAUGUUUCCCAUUUUAACUGAGCUUGCUGGUCUUCAAAGGCCUCGCGAUGUUCCCCCUCUAACUCAACUGUCAGUACAUCCACACACAUUUCCUUGUUAUCGUUGUUAUCGUUGAAAAAUUUUCUCAUGACAUUAGGAAAGACGUUUUUCCUGUCACCGUGGAUCAAGUAUAAAAUCUUUUUUCCAGGUGGCAACUUCUCUGCGAGUAUGAGAGCCUUGGCCUUCAUCAACUCUGUCUUCCCACUCCCUGGCCCACCGAUGAUAAGCUGUUUCUUUGGUCCAUCAAACACGGCAAGCUGAUCCAUUGUAAACACGGGUGCCCAUUGCUUCUUGAAAGGAAGGGCCAGAAUCCUGACAUUUCCUCCGGCCAGGUUUUCACACAGUUCUCUGUCCAGAUUUGUGCAGCUUUCCCCUUCUAGAAAUCCACUUUGGCUUUUGUCUAAUAACUUCGUGAGCUCAUUUAGUCCGGUAACAUCAUCUGCUUUGGCUAAACCUAGGUCUGUCAGAGUUUUGGCCGUGUCAACUAUUAUAUCUUUCUUCUUUGCAUCAGUAACUCUAUUCAUGAAUCUGGUUAUGCUGUCAAUGUCAAUGAUGUACACUGUCCAAAGGUACUGGAAUAUCUUUGUGUCUUCACCGGCCAUCUCGUUCCCCAGAAGGAACUUUUUAUUAGAAAGAUGUUUAUUAAGAACCUUCAAAAGGUUUGGCUUAGAAGCAGUAACAUUGACGCUGUUAAGGGUGUGCAAAGCUUCUUUGUAUGAAACUUUGGCAAUAGGGAGAUUGACCUGAGACAUCAUGUACUUGCACCAGCGAAAGAGAUGGGGGUUUUCAACUUCCUUGAUCCUGCGGAAGCGUCCACUAGCCAAGUUUCCCAGAUGCUUGAAGGUGUCUAAGGUAUAGCUUAUGUCAGCUGUGUAUUCAGACUCAGUUACAGGGCCAAGAUGUCGUACAGCUAAGAUUCUUGAUAAAGCCAAUUCAUAGGCCUUGUUGGUGAAGUCUGGGGUGGAGGCCAUCCAAGGAGGUGAUUCAAUGUUGUCAUACCACCAUUUUGAAAAGCUCUCCGGACUUGCAAGAUCUUCCUCAUACAUUAAUAAAGUGUCAUCCACGUGAGCAUGUGGACUACCUCUCUUCGUGGAAGGAAGAGCAAUAACCAUCAUCACUGGAGGUGGCUCCAAGCGAUCAGAUUGUUCAUCGCUGGAAUUGUUCACUACAGCGAAAGCUUCAACAACUGUCCUGGUUCUAUCCAGUUGGUCUUUAGCCUCAAUGAUUUUAGAUCCUAGUAAUUCUUUCUCAGACUUCUUCAAACUCUUAACCUCGAGUAGAAUGACGCCUUUUUUAUGGUGAAAGAUGACAAAGUCGCUUUCACCUGUUUUAGGUACUUUAUCUGACUUAGGCACGGAAUCUUCACUUUUGCAUCGUUUAUUCCACUUGGUAAUCUCUGUAAGGUCAAAUCCAUGAAUGACAAACAUGCCCAGGUUCUUUGCUCGGCCAUUUUUUUGCAGAUGAUCGUACACAAGUUUCUCUCCUUGUCUUCCUCUUAUAUUGACGUCAUCUUCAUCAGCAUAUUUGCCAUCUUUUGAAAUUGUGUAGCCUGAUUCAGUGGGUUUGUAGGCGGGAGGAACCAUGAUAGUCUUGUUGUUGGUCUUCCAAUUGGGAAAUUGCCAGUAGAGAAAUUUCUGAGGACUGCCAAGUUCACCCACUGUCUUCUCACCACCACCAAAUUCCUUUGCUGGGCAGCCAAGGGCUCCUGGCACAAGUCCCUUUAUUGAAUUACUUUUAUUCUGAGUAUUCAUUAUUUGAAAUCAGAUUCCAUACAAUGGGUACAUAAUCUGCAAAAACCAAAUGUUAAUACACCUAUGCGAUGUGGUCCUAUGAAAGUGAUGGUCAAAUGGUUAAAAUCAUUGAAUCAAGGAACACAAGUCAUUUGGGUUGCAUGAUUGCUGAAAUUGGGUUUUGAAGAUGUACUAAAUGAGGAACUGAGUAAGAGAAAGUUACAAUUAUCUCCUGCAUUGAGAUUGUUUCACCUUAGAGUGGUUUCGCUGAAUAACAGUUCGCUGUCGUCUUAGGUCAGUUCUUAAUCGGCGCAGCUGGCGGUUUUGAGUGCGCUCAAUCGAUUAGCAACUCGUCAGUAGCCCACACAAAACCUUGAAGCACAGGCAAAGCCUUACUUAAAAUCACUGACCACGAGUUGGCCCGCACAGAUCCCAACGGGCAAAACAAAGGUCUUCUGAUGGUUGUCAUACGUAUCUCAGCUAUCGAUCCAGGCCCCCUCUAGCAGGUUUCCUUAUUCGCUCGCGCUUCAUACACUUUAUAUAUUUAUAGCCGCAAGCCUCGUUUAUGCUGCUGUCGGUUUCAUCUGUUUGUCCUUAAGCCUUCCACAUUGCUUACAUCAUUAAUUUAAAGUGGCUACCAUCUCGAAAAAGUGGCUGAGCGUUUUGUUAUACCUUCGAAUCCCUGGUGGUACGGAUUGGCUGUCUUUGCGCUCUCGUGACAAGAAAGGAAAAGUGCACCUUGAUUUCUAAAAUUAGCAAGAUGUUUAUUAUCGCAGCGUUAAUUAAUCAUAAUUGCUCUGUGACUUGUCAAUUUUUCUCACCUCUUAAGUCUCUUAAAGCAAAAGCCAAAACUAGCAUAGACACGAAGCUCGGGAUAAGGAUCAUAAAAUUCUGGUAUCUUUGUACAACACGUUUUUAAGGUGGUCACCGCAUAUAUUAUGCUCACGCGGUGGUUGAUUCAGUCAAGCGACGAAAGGGUCACCGAGGCGUAACACUCUACUGUGCUGUGUCACGAAAAUUUCCUCGAUAGCCUUGUGAUUAACAGUAAGCUAUGUUUGCUUCGGUGCAUGCGAUGGAAUUAUUACGAACAAACACAUGGAAUUGUCUCUUAUGGAAUUUCUUUUCCGCGCGAAACUUCCUUCGAUCAAACAUUCAUUGUAAAUUCAGGGAAGCGUUUAGUUUCAAUCUUGAAGAUAAUUUGCAGAGGCUGAGAAGUUGCACAAGUUCCGCCGAUGAAAAAAAAAGCUGGGUCAAGUAAACUUCUGAUCACUAAAAAGGACUUGAUGCACAAAGUUUAUCAUUUACCAUGUGGAGGCCCAAGACCUUUGGACUUUACUAACCAUUAACUAACGUGAAACAUUAGCGCGUUCCAGAAAUGUUUCGAGCAAUUGUGUGAUAAGUAGUCAAAUCUGUUUUCAUCUUUGCAUUUGAUUGAAUCAGUAAAAUCAUGGUAGUUCAAGGGUCUUUCAUGUGAUUUGAUUACGUAUUGUAAUCUUCCAGUUCUGUGAAAUAGCUAGGACUGUAUUAAAACGAAUCGUUGCGAGUAUCACGAUACAUCAGUGAAAUGCCUAUUUGGUUGCAAGCGAAAGGACUUUGAUGUCACGACGUUGUCGAACUGGUUAUUGGCGGAAUCUCUCGUAGGCGGAACGAUUGGUAACCCCUCUUGCAUCAGCUAUGCGAAAUAACAGCCUUAGAUCGGCUCAACUGGUAACAGUUGAGUAGAAUUAUGCAAUUGAAGACCGAUACCGUCACCACUCUGAAAGCAUACUAAACUAUAACUCACUGUACCGAAUGUUUUGGAUGCUGUUCCUUGAAACGAACUAAUAUGUCUUUUCUUCAAUUAAAUUUGAUGGAGCAAGCUACUAAAAUGAUAUGUAUGGUAAACUAGUGAUUCAUUUUGCUUACAAUUGAAGUGUUCGUGCUUAUAAUCUAUGUAAAAGUGCUCUAGCUUAACAUGGAGGAGCGCUAUUACAGCUGAAGCAAAUUUCCAAUCUCGUCGAUUUUUUGUUCAUGUUCCCUCUCUGAAAUAUCUUUAUUGUAACCUACUUGCGAGGCUUAUAAAUCUUUCAUGUGUUACGUGGGUAAAAUUACAAAGGAUCACUGAAAAUACUUACUAGUUCGUCCUUCAUAGUUACGUGGCCAUGUUAGAUCAAACGCUGAGAAUAAACUUGAUGGAGCGUGACGGCUACCUCGUUCCCAGGGUCGUUCUUAGGAGCUCCUAGGGAACCCUUGCCAUGGGAAUCGAAAGGAAUCAUAUAAUUUUGAACCAAUCAGCCAAUGAAUACCCUUCUAUGGAAAUAUCUAAAAAAAAAGAAAUAAAGAAAAAGAAAGAAGAGAAAAAGGGAGAAAGAAAAAACACACCUGGGCCGUUGAGAUCCUCUGAUGUCGAUAAAUAAUUUACUGUACAUAUCGCUAAUUACCGAUGAAUAUUUAUAUCUCUAGAUCCAGCAAAGUUCCGGGGGCGAAAGAAAGUACAAAGGUCCACUGAAUUGUGCCAAACAACUUUACAAGGAAAAAGGAAUAAGGUCUUUGUAUAGAGGAACGUUCGCAACUCUUCUAAGAGGUGGGUACUUUAAUUUAGUGACUGUUAGCUCGCUAGCAGGCCCCCCCCAUUAUUAGCGCUGCAGGACGCGCGUUUCUCCGCCCGCAGGAAGACUUGACACGAGUCGCACUGCUUAAGGCCUCAUACGGCUUUCCCGCAGGAGAAGAUAGUUUAAAUUCUUGGAAUUGUAGUUCCAAACUUCUGCCCCUUUUACUUGAAGGUUCUUAUAUAAUAAAUCAAGAGUACUGUACUUGUAGAAAUUGCUUAAGUUUCAAGAUAUCUCAUUUUGAUUUUUAUGCUGUGUUUCAUAGAUGUGCCAAGUAUAGGGGUAUACUUCUGCAGCUAUGAAUGGAUUCUUAGCAAACUUACAUUAGAAGGCGAAAGGUUAGUUACUAGUUUCUAGUCACUACUGUCAAAUCCCGCUGACAGGUCAAGUAAAACUAAAUCAAAGUCAAAAAAACAACCGCUGAUCAGAAGAAAGGAAAAUACCCUGAAGAGCCAAUGAGAGUUCAACUGAGAAUAAACAAAUUGCCUAAAGCGCGGGAAAACGCGGGCAAACAAGUCGUCGUUGGCUUUAGUUUUGCAGCUGAUUGGUUGAGAGAAUGGCGCGAGUUUUCUGGACCAAAGUAAAGCAAGACUCAUGCAACCCAUGCAAUGGAUUACUUUAUUUACUCAACCGAAUAUUGAUUGAAGUUUUGAAUCUCAUUUGUUGAGAAAACGGUGCAUUUUUUCGAGGCCAACCAGAGUAAAGUACAUCGAAACCGUGGAAGCACUUGAUUACUUUCAGCUACACUCAAUUUAACUGAAAUGUCUCUAUUCGAAAGAAGUUCUCUUGGCGCCAGAACACGAAAAGUUUUGUGACGCAUCCCUAUUAAAUACCCUCGCCAUUUAAGUGGCCAUUUAGAAUCCCAAGCUUAAGUUUUCGCCAUGUUUGUUACAGUGUUGCAGCUUCUAAACAUUUCUCUCUUUAUUUUAUUAUUUUCAGCCGCGAAAAUUUAAACCCACUCAGAAUUUUUAUAGCUGGAGGUAAGUGCCUUUUGAGUUAGUUAUUCCAGUUGACGUAUCUACCCUUUUUUGUGUACAAAUUUCGGGCUAUUUUAUAUGUGCGCUAAAGAAAAAAUUGGACAAAAUCCUCGCGGACGAUGUUAUGUUAUGAGCAGAUUAAAAUGGUGACCGCAUUUCGAACGUGGCGAAGAAAAAGAUUUUAUCAAGGAAACCUCCAGCUAAUAGAUUUGAACUCGCUUUAUUUAAUAUCCUGCCCUGCUGGCGACUCCGUUUAACGGCCAGGUAACGAUAUUUAGUUCGGGUUAAAACUAAAACAGAAAGUUACAAGAAAUGAAACUUGAAAAGAAGAUUGAAAUUUACUAAUGACUCUUACCUUUAUUGCUGCGUUUACCUAAGGCUGCACUGGAUGCGAUGUUGAACUGUCAUUUGCAAGAACGAACUACUGUCUCUAACGAGCGAAACUAACAAACUGGGAAACUACUUGAAUCCAGUUUAGAUACUAAUACGAAUAAAUUACUCAACACUUUUUUUAUCGCGAUAUUCUACGAAUCCACAAUUGUAGCGUGCGCUCUAAGUUAAUUAGCAUCAGCAUUUAGCUGUAGUUAAAAUAUUUUUCAUUCAAUUUGGAACGCGGAAAAUACCCUUGAUGUAGCCAGGAGGGAAAAAAACCCACGUAAGGAGAAAAUCUUAAAAUAAGCCCGUCGCAAUUGUUAAGUGGCAAAAUUCGUUUACGAUUUUCACUGGCGAUAAAAUAUUUUCGCAAUCUUAGUUUUAAAUCGCCUAGUGUGUUGUUGGCUCAACAGUUAAGCAAAUAGUAUUGAGAACUUUAAUACUACACAGCAAUUUUCUCGUGCAUGAUAUUUGUGCAAUAAUGGUGGGUUUUAAUGACGAGCUUUUUGACUGGAUUAGGUUUGACCGGUAUGAUCUGCUGGGCUUCCAUUAUCCCUGUUGAUGUACUCAAGUCACGUUAUCAAACAGGUAAGUAAGUCAAUAGUCUACCAGGCUACUAACUCAUGUGUAGCCAGCGAGUGCAGACGCACUACUUAUUGCUUCUAUCCGCCUGGAAAUAUGUCUGUGUUCACAGGCUAACUGUUGGAAUAUUAAACAGCACCCUUUGGCAAAGAUGCGUAAGUUUUCAAGCAAAUUCAACCGGAUGUUACCAAGCGUAGCCAAUCAGAUUGCGGUAUUCUCGAUGAAACGCGAGUGAAAUUAAAUCAAAGCAAGUUAUCGGGGAUCAAAUAUAUAUUAAAUAAAUAUUCCAUCGUCCCUAGCUUGGGUCCAUUUGUCUCCUUGUCUCUUCUCUUUGCUCGCGGGGUCAGGCGGUUUGACACAGGAUUUGGACGGAUUUGAUUUGCCUAUCUGCCAAUUGUAAUUUCAUAACUUUGCAUUUUUUAUGGCGGACGCAUCAACGUUGCUUUGUGCAAAGAUCAAAUUAGCUCAAUUUUCGUCACCUGAUUUGUUCAAAACUGAGGCAAAUUACUCACAGAGUAACAAUAAAAAGAAUACUGAACUUCACAAUUUUCUGGUUUUCUAGAGCUAGCUUUCUUUCUAUCUUUAAAUUUUCCUCACCACGAAUUUCUGGAUUCCAUCUCUUUUUGAGAUAAUCUCCUUCUUGCAACAGGUUCUGGUUUCAUUCAGAUGAUUCCUUCCGUUCAUUUCAAUUUGUCUUUAAUUUUUGGGGAGGGAUGCGAGUUCCUUCUUUAUAUUUCCUACGAAUACCUUGGGUUCAGAGUGUAGCGAAAUCCGCUUCACUCCUGCUUCGCGCACGCUUCUCCUGCUCUGCUGGAAGGAAACGGAAGCUACCGCCAUGAAGGCUGCCUAAUUGGGCUCGUGAUCCGGCACAGUGAGUCACAACUAAAGUGGAAACCAAAUUAAUUACAAGUGACUUUCCUCUUAUACCUGAGUGAGUAGGGGAAAGUAAUAGACCCUUGUGACAUACAAAUUGCAACACUGCAAAUCUUCUUUCGAGGCUUAAGAGUAUUGAGGCAUGAAGGUAGAAGAUCAGUUAUGGUCAUCUUGUAAUGGUGAAGUUUGGAAUUUUGACCAUCUAUCCUUCACUCUACUUUUAUGAAACAAUCUAUCCCUUUCUAUGCGUAAAGGGGAAACGAGUGGAGCCUGAGAAGCUAUCAUUUUAUACAUGCUCUCAUUGAAUUGAUAUAUUUUUUAAUCCAAUUUCGACACGCGGUCUCUUUAAGCGGCAAUUUCAAGAACAAACCUUAUAUCUCAAGCUUAACCUAUUGAGCUGGAGUGUUGGUUUGUGCGAUAAAACACAUCGUCGAACUGUCGAUGGCUGGAUUUCUCACAAGCUUCUCACAAUUUUAUGUGAUAUUUCUGGAAAGUUGACUAACAGAUAUCAUCAGCUGAUUCUCUCACUUUUCACAUACAGCACCUGAAGGAACUUACCCCCGAAGAAUUAGAGAUGCUUUUAGACAAUUAGUAAGUACCCAAUUUUUCCAGAAAAAGGGUUUCCACUUUUUCCAUGCAAAACCUAUGAGGUUGUUUGAUGUGUAGGGCGUAGCCUCCUCAACCCCUCUCUGUGAUCUUUUGUAGGCUCGGUUGGGGCUGGGAAUGAGGCACUUCCCUUUUUGGCCUGGACAAGUUUGAGUCGAUAAAAGAAGGGUAUGAUUUUUGCGGUCUUAAGUCUUACAGGGGUAAAAAACCCUUUAGAGUCCUAAACAGGUGGUUCAUUCGCACCGAAAGUUUCGGUGAGGGUGUGAGUGUAGGCUGUCCAUGGCCUUUAUGUGCGGUAUUGAUAUUUUUCCUUUUUCAUCUGGGUUAAAAUGUUCUCCUCGAAUAUUCGAACGAGACAUGGCUCGUGAGGUCAGCUUGCCACAGGGAUGUAACGAUUUUUGUUACCAAGAGGGUAGCGUAGUGCACCAGUGAUAUAUUACACAGGGCAGGGGUUUGUGCCAUACCGCCAGUAUACCUCUUCCCGACCCGUCUGAAAUCUUCUCGCGGAACAACGCACGUCCUGCAGUGCUAAUAAUAAGUGCCAGCUUACAGGCUACUAUCAGCAAGGCACAGCUAACACGAUGGCAAAUAGGCUCUCCACAUAGAUACAUUUGGUGAGAUGCAAGUACUGCUUUGCCUUUCCCACAAUUACUUAGUUGAUUCAAGGUGAAUGUGAUUGGAUGUGCUGUUGGUGAGAAAACUGACGCUCGUACUAGCAGCUCGUGUUUGGAGAAACGCGCGUCUUUAUGAACAACUGUAGUAUGUACACUUGUAUUUCGCUCACCCCAUGACGCAUCUGCUUUUGUUUUAGGUGAAGGAAGAAGGAGUUGCGAGUUUAUUCAAAGGAGUAACUCCAGUCUUACUACGAGCUUUCCCUGCAAACGCGGUGAGCCAAAUUCUAGCGACAGCAAAUAUUUGAAUGACGUCCCUCACUAUCGCUAUUUAUGGAGCAAGGAUGUCUUAGGGGUGUUGACGUGGAUUAGGUUAUUAGUAGAAUUAGUGAAAAGAUUUCGAGAGCAAUUUGGUGUUACUAAGCACGAGUAAAUUUUUCCAAGACAACAAAAUGGCAUGAGCCCGUAGUCUUUGAAAAAUUACAAGUGUUCAUUUUCAUCAAAUUGCACGAGAAAUUAUGUUACUACUUGGUAAUGAUUAAAGUUUUAAAAGCAUAACAGAUUGUCAAGACACAAAAUGUUGACAGCGCUCGUGUUACAUUAAAAACGCACUCGUUUUCAGGCAACAGAAGCGUGUAACUUUUUCGUGUCUGUCAUAACUAUAGCAAUUUCCAAUUAAGUGUCGAAAGCGUGGAGGGGGAAGCUACUUCCCAUAAAUUCCUUAAAUGAAAUCAAAACGAUGUUUUCACAACUUGCGAAGCAAUCUCACUGGAAAUUGUCAGCGGAUAUCUCCAUUGCAGACGAGCAUUACGAGUUAUCAAUGAAAGCCAUGGCAGUUAAGUUAGGAAAUAACUGCCAGGCUGGUU